GCGCUGGGCAUCAACUACCACAUGCUGGCUGCGUCGGAAACCACUGUGAGCUACCGUGACUUUUUCCUCCUGAACAUUGGUGAGGGCAAGUUCGAUCAUGUGUUCAAUUCUGUUGAAGACCAGAUUGCACAGCAUGAGUUCCUUGAGUUGCUUGGCCAAGCCAACUUGGGCAGUGGGUACUUCAUGGCCAAGUUCCAGCUCGACGCAAAGCUCUGGCUCAACAUAUCCCGGCCCAGGUUCAUACCUGUCCUGGCAGAGUAUUUCCUGUUCAUGGAGCUUCAGGCUCUUGCUGCAGCCAAUGCGGAGGGUCAGGAUGACGCACCUGUGGAGGAAGCCCCUGAUGUGAUGCAUCAGUUGGCACAGUUACGCCAGCAUCGUGAAGAAGGGACACGCUUGACCGACUUGUUUGGGCCUGCAAAAUUCAUUCUGAAUGUGGGGAGUGCUUUCCAGCGAGUGGUUUCAGGGGCGUUGAGGAGCUCAAUCGAACUGUUGACACGCACGAAGGCAAAUCAGGUCUUACUUGAAAAUGGUCUUGGGGAGCCAGAGCGCGAAGGUGCAUUGGCCCAUAUUGUGCAGGGUCGGGCGCUAACAUGCAGUGCCACCGCUUUAGCUGCAAUGAGUAAGGGCGCAGAGGCCAAGAACCUGAGCAGCAGGUCUACUUUGCGACGUCUCAUGGUUUCUGCUGGUGCUUUGGCUUUGGAGAGCUCAGCCUUGCUCUGCAGUUGUGCCCUGUCAUCCUUCAUUCAGGUUUGCAAGCAGACUCCUCAGCGCAUCAUACAGAUGAAACCCUUGAUGUUUUGUUGGCGCGUUCGGUACGAUGAAACUCCCAGCAAAGUGCGUGUGGUUAAUGUGCAGAACGAGAUUGGGGCACCAGAUGGAGUUGGUUCAGCGCCAGCUGGACACAUUAUUCUACCAUCUGGUUGCAAGGGCUCUCAGAACAUUGGGCGAUUCCUUGCAUCCAUGGGGGUGACGACUCCAGCCGAAAAUGUGACACAUGCAAAGGUGCUCCAGACCCAAGUGGACAUCAUGAUGGUGUACAGCGUUUCUUUCCAAACUGGUGGGUCAUCAUCCUCAACAUCAGCAGCAGCAUCAUCAGCAUCAGCUUUGUCUGGCGAGUCUGGCGGUGUGCCGAAGUUGACUUGCCUGUCAACGUCCAUACCGUGCUCUUUGACUGCGAUGGAUCGGACAACGGCCGAGAACCAGCGAGCCUGUGUCAUGGAGACCAUUGACACACUGCCAGAGUGGCGCAGGAUCUCGUCUGAGUUUCCGAUCAAGGUCAGGGCAACCACUACAGACCGCUAUCCUGCCAAUUACAGGACUGAGGAUGGCCUUCAGAGUCCUGGGUACAUGGAGGAUUUUUUGUUGCUGCACCUGGCUUGUGAUGCGCACAGGGCUGCAACCAGCAUAAAGGCCACUUUGGCUCAGUGCGAGGCUGAUGUCAGCGGCUUGCUGAACACAGCCCUAGCAUUGAGUGAGCUGGGUGUCCUGAAGCGGCUUCGGGACUUGUUGACUGCACUAUUCUUCCGGGAGAUGGAUGUCAUCGAGUUGCAGCCGCCGAAUGAUAUGGACACCCAAAACUACAGAGAGGAGGUCUUUGCGCGUUUCUUGCCCCUUGAUGGACGGACUGCAAAUCUCAACAGGAAGCGUCGAAUGGUGCUUCAGACAAUGCUGAAUGGAAAGAUUCAACACGGCCCGCUUCAACACUACUGUCCUCCUGGUGCUUUGUGCUGCAACAACAGUCGUCAGCAAACCAUGACCACAUGCGCUCUAUACGUUACAUGGGCUUUGGUUCCAUUUCAGUGUCCAGCGAUGUCCAGAAAGAAUUGGCUGAACCAAACUGCAAACAUGGAUUGGGUGGGUGCCCUGGAGUCCCACCAUGGACUGUUCACCAGGUUGAUGACGCUCCAUUUGGGCUCUGCAAAAACCAUUGUGCCCGGCACGGAUGGGAAUGCGCAGCAGCCUGACCAGAAAGAAGACGCUCCUGCUGUUCAAACUGAUCCAGCAGGUGAUGGGUUUGACAUGUGGCAAGAUGCUUUGCUUGAUGAGCUGGUACAGAGUCAUGCGGCAGAGGAAGCACCAGCCCAGUCAGCACCUUGUGUUGCAGAGGAGGGCUUGCCCGCGCAGCCAAACCUUGAGUCGCAAGAGGAUAUGUGGAAGGAGAUGAAGCGCUUGCGCCGGCAGUCUGCGCAGACGUACGCUGCAUCUAGUCCAUUCAACCGCCUCUACAUUGCCCGCCAGGCAAUAGGGCCUUUGCAUGCUUUCAUGACAAAGGUCCUAGCUUUGAGUGGGGGCCAAUGGGAACGCAAGCAGGCUGCCCAGCAAGCUCUUGGCAAGCCCCGCACCUUUCUCAUCCUUGAAGCUGCUCGUGGGGAGGAUCUUUGCCAAGCAAUGACCCAGUUGCUGCAGAUCAUCUUUGACAGCCCCAGUGGUGUUCACACAGACACCUUCACAUGUGUUCACCGAGCCUUGAAGCUUGGAAUGGUUGCCUCUGGAAUGUGUGCAAUGCAUGCUUUGCUGCGAAGGCCACGUGAUGCAGUGCCAUACCAGGCAUUCCAUUUGGCAGCUCAGGACAUUAGUGAUGAUGAGCUCAAGCAGCACGCAGAGCGGUUGGCCAAGCUUCCUUCUUGCCUUCAUGACGAAUUCUGGGCCGGGUGGUCUAAGAAAUAUCCUGACGAAACAGAUCUCCUUGGGUCUGAGUGCAGGGGGCUCCUUCAAUGUUUGGCCUCCAUUAUUGCGUUAGAUGUUGCCAGUAUUGAGUCGGCGCACUCAAGCACAAGAGAGUUUGCAAAUUUACGCUCCCGGGGUUGGGUGAGCAGCCUCGAAGAAGUCUCUUCCCGCUUUGUCCUCCUUCAGAGGAAGAGGCACAACAAAGAGACUUAUGCUGCAGCGAACAACACAAGGAAGAAAGCCAGAGAGCCUGGAGCGUCUGACUCUCAGAAAUCAGGCCAGCGGAAGAAGAAGAGACAAGCUUCUAUUUCAGCAUGGAAUGCUUUUGUGCAUGUGCAUGCAGCUGGACAGCGCCCAUCAGCUGAGCUUCAUUCGCGACUGAGCAAAAUGUUCCGAGACCUGUCAGAUGAAGAGAAACAGCCGUAUGUUGAUGCUGGACAAGCAGCGUCUGCCGCUCGCAAAAUGGGAUUCCCUGCUUUUGCAACUUCUGUGGACAGGAAGCACCGGAAGAAAAAACAACUUCCAUGGAACCAGCGUAUGUUGGCUGGGUCUAGCUCUGCAGCUCCCAUGCUGCUUGCAGGGGACGAAACACCAGCUGGAGCCAUUGUCGCGCAAGAUGCAGAACCAUUGGAUGAUGCACUCAUUGCUGAUGUUGGUGGACAGGUCACUGAACACCUUCGCAAGUGUUUUCCAGACAUGUAUACAGACUUCGUGCAAAACUUGCCCAAAUGGAAGGAUCCACUCCAGCUUGAUGAAGCUGAACAGCUGCAGUUGGAAGCCUUCUGCAAAGAGGUUGACGUGCCCGAGGUCCCAGUUGCCAAGCAGUGGCAAGAUAGUGGCCAGUCCCAGCUGAGAAAGAAUCUGGAGGCUUAUCCGAUUUCAAACCUGGUGCGAGGA